CCAGGAAGUGCGGGGGCUCCAGUCGCCGGGCCGGCCGCGAUGCAUUCUGGGAAAGCAGCAGCACCAGAUCCAAGAUGGCGGCCAGCAGGAGGCUGAUGAAGGAGCUUGAAGAAAUCCGCAAAUGUGGAAUGAAAAACUUCCGUAACAUCCAGGUUGAUGAAGCUAAUUUAUUGACUUGGCAAGGGCUUAUUGUUCCUGACAACCCUCCAUAUGAUAAGGGGGCCUUCAGAAUUGAAAUCAACUUUCCAGCAGAGUACCCAUUCAAACCACCGAAGAUCACAUUUAAAACAAAGAUCUAUCACCCAAACAUCGAUGAAAAGGGGCAGGUCUGUCUGCCGGUUAUUAGUGCUGAAAACUGGAAGCCAGCAACCAAAACCGACCAAGUAAUCCAGUCCCUCAUAGCACUGGUGAACGACCCCCAGCCCGAGCACCCACUUCGGGCUGACCUAGCUGAAGAAUACUCUAAGGACCGUAAAAAAUUCUGUAAGAACGCUGAAGAGUUUACAAAGAAAUACGGGGAGAAGCGACCUGUGGACUAAACUCUGCCGCGACUGAUUCCAGCGAGUGUGAGAGGAGAACCUGAGCAGCCGCAUUCAGACACCCCGCAAAGCAGGACUCUGUGGAAAAUUGACACGUGCCGCCGCCUGGCGUUUGCUUGUGGCAGUUACUAACUUUCUACAGUUUUCUUAAUCAAAAGUGGUCUAGGUAACCUGUAAAGAAAGGAUUAAAAAUUUAAGAUGUUCUAGUUCUGCUUUCUUUGUUUUAAAAAUCACUGCUUCAAUCUACUUUAAAAGAAUGGUAUUUCUUUUCUUGUCCAAAUUGAUCCAGAAUUUUCAAUUUACAUUUAGCCCUUAAGGUUAAGACAAAAAAAAAAAAAGGUUGCAGUUCCCUUUCUUUCCCUGUCCUUACAACUCCUACCUUCGUGCAUUCGGUUUAUUUUUCAUUCAUUAACUUCCCCAGACCCAGGCCUGUCUCCUCUGCAAAGAAGAGACCACUCCUGGCGAUUCUGGUAGCUUCCCUACUCCCAUGUUGCACUGCCCUGUGUGGGAGUUGGUUCAAAUUCUCCUGGCUCCAAUUUAUAACAUCCUUUAAAGAAAAUUUAAAAACAAGCAAACUAGCACUCAACCACCCCCCCACACACCCCCUCAUCACCAGAAAAAAAAAAAACCGUGAAAAGGGAGGCCCAGUUCUUAUGUAAAAAUCUGGCCGGUGUUACCAUAACGUUGAUUAAAUGGGCAAACCCUGAUGUCUGUGUGCGUGAUUGAACUUUGGCUUGGCCUGCUUGGGGUAACCCAGGUCUGUGGUGACCCCAGGGGAGGGCCCGCCUACCAGAGGACCUUGGCACUUGUGUGAGCUGGCACUUGUGUGAGGAAUUUCUCGCCAGAGAGGCUCCUGAGGUCAAAGGUUGACGCUCCUCCCUGCAGCCAUUGUAGAAGAUGUGCCGGUCAUUGCAGGCAACAGCGCCAAAGCCAGAAUGUCCAUGUGAAAUUCCACGCUCACCUGUCACACCUGUCACCGAGCUCCAUCUGAAUGUGCCACGGAGCUCACUCUCCCAGCUCCUCAGUGCAGCGCAGCCCCACUGCGACCCUCCCUUGGCACAGUUUGAGCCUUUGCGGGGUUGGAAUUGGCUGGAGUUGGCGGGACUCGGCUGUAGCCAGCACCAGUCUGGGGUUGCCAGCGCCCUGCUGGCCCCCUUCUUCGGAGCAGCCGGCCAGCCCAGGAACAAGACGGCCUUCCCCCUCCCUCUGGACUCACAGCCUUUGCAGAGUCAAGCUCCACUUGAAGCUCACUCAGUAAUAUCCUUUACAUGUGUUUUAUAUUGUUUUGACUGCCUUUUUUUGUAGAAAUAAAAAUUGACCUUAGAAUUUAUCAUCAGAUGAACUUGUAAGGAUUUGAAUGUUAAUGUCUUUUUGAAGCAAGCGGGACUUCCCCUGAAAUAGAGAAUCCGUGUCACUGACACCCAGAGGAAGCCGAUGGUCCAAACGCCGUGUGUCACCAACUCCUCUCCUGCCACUGGCGGCUGCCCUUCUUGGCUCUCGGGGAGGGGGGGGGACUAGAUCCUGUGAGAUGACGUAAAGAAACCUUGCUUUCUGUUUUUAGUUCUCUUACUUGAGAUCUUUCUAGGGUUUACAAACCUGUAAGAUGGUUUUACCUGUGCAGAGGUGGGUGUGAUGGGUAGGUUAGGCAGCAGAACGUUGUUUAGUUGUCUAGGUGUGUGGCCCCUGUGGUGUGGCAAUGAACUCGGCUUCUUUAGUCCUAGGUACACCAGGGGCAGGUUCUGGAGACUCCCGUGGGCCCAGGAAGGCAAGAGUGCUGGGCCAGUGUUUCCAUAUCUGUCUCUUCAUUAGCAGAAAGGUGAUAAUGGACUUUAUUUCACUCAUAUGCAGAUUUGUUAAUAAAACGCCAAAUUCUGUCAGAAGCUAUCCAAAUAAGCCACCAUUUGUUCUUGUUGCUUCUCUGAAUCCAGAAAUAUUGCCAUUCUUGGAAACUGUCCCGUUGCUUCAGAUCUCUACCAGCGUAGCUCUGCCCGCCUGUCGCCCUCUCACUUCUGUGCUCAGGAGGAUACCUUUGUCAAAGCUGGCAGCCCCUCAGGGACUCUCAGCCCUGGCAUGGCACCCCGUGGUUUGCCCCAUCAGAGGCCUGGCCCUCAGAGAGCGAGGCAGUGGGUGGUCCCUCCUUCAGGCCUGGGCGGCUUGCCCUCCUCUAGCCCGGCAGUCCCCAGGGCAGGCUUUGAGCACGCUGGCGGGCAGCCCUGGCUGCUCCACAACCAAACAGCUGGGUCCUCUGGAGAAGGAGAGAGCUGUUGAGCAGCCACCACUGACCCGAGCCUACUCAGGAAUUCACAAGCACCAGAUUCCUCGAAGUGCGCCGGGUUCCCCCCUGCUCCCCAAUGGCGGAGAAUAGGCUUUCUAAGAUGCUGCGAUCCCAUUCUGCUGCCCUUAAUAAAAACGCUCUCCGACA